CUGACUGAUGAUGACGCUGGCAUCGCUGGUUAGAACUCGAGAAGACUCUCCAACAGCUCGGCUCGGCUGAUCAUCACACCUUCAUCAGCUAUUCUUCAUAUCUGCAAGCAUGUCAGACACCAUGAAAGUUGUUGCUCUGGGCCAGCCCUUCACAUUGGGGAUGCUCUAUGAUGCCCGCAAAGAUGAACUAAUCCCAGGUUUCACUCUGUGGGAUAGAGCAACCCUAGAUCGCCAGACCACUGAAACUACUCAAAAAAGCAGUUCAUUUAAGAUUACAGCCUCUGACACCAUUGAAUCGAGGUCUUCUCUAAUGGAUAUUGACGCUUCUCUGAAUAUGAGUUUCUUAAGUGGGUUGGUUCAAGUUGGAGGAUCUGCCAAGUACCUGAAUGACCAAAAGAAAUUCGAGAACCAGAGCAGGGUAACGUUUCAGUACAAAGCUACCACGACCUUUAAGCAGCUGUCUCUUCCUGCUCUUGGGCCACUAAACAGCCAACAAAAACAAAUUAUUGAGGAGGGCAAGGCAACACAUUUGGUCACAGGUAUCCUUUAUGGGGCAAAUGCAGUCUUUGUGUUUGACAGUGAGAAGUUGGAGGCCAGCAAUGUCCAAGAUAUCCAGGGUAACAUGCAAGCUGUGAUCAAGAAGAUUCCUACAUUUAAAAUUGAAGGCAGUGCUAAAAUACAUCUGUCUGAGCAGGAGCAGGAGCUGACAAACAAAUUCUCUUGCACAUUCUUUGGCGACCUCAUUCUUGAAAAAAACCCCGCCACGUUUGUCCAAGCAGUUGAAACCUACUGUGACCUUCCAACACUAUUGGGAACAAAGGACAACAAUGCUCCUCUGCUUGUCUGGCUGUAUCCUCUGCAGUCGCUGUACAACAAAGCUGCUGUACUGGUCAAAGACCUCAGCGUCUCACUAUCGAGGAAAAUUCAAGAUGCGAUGGAAGAACAAAAUCAAGUGAAAAUGAGAUGCAAUGAUAGUUUGUCUAGCAGUGUAGCACAAUAUUGUCCCGUGAUUCGCAAAAACAUAAGCAGUUUCCAAAAACUUUGUUCUUUUUACAAAGCUUCACUCAAACGACAAUUAUCAGACCAUCUUCCGUCAAUCCGUGAUGGCAAAGAAGAUGAGAGCGUGUUAGCAAAUGUCUUUAAUGAUCGAGAAAAUUCUCCAUUCCACCAAGCACAUCUUAACAAGUGGUUGGAGGAAAAAGAACGAGACAUCAAUAUCAUUCAGUCCUGUGUUGACAUGAUAAUGAAUGAAUCAAAUGCUUAUGUUGUGCGCACUAAGUCAGAAUUGGAUCGAGUGGUUCUUACUGUAGGUGUGACAAAUGUUCUUUGCUAUGUUUUCACCAACUUGGACACAAAUGACCCCUGCCUUGAUGUCAUGGCUAAGUACUUGGACACAUCGCAAGUUGGAGGAAGAAAUGCAGACUAUACGUCCUUCACGAAUGAGGUCAUCAUUAAAAUGAGAGAAAAUGCCCAAACGUUCCUUAAAUAUGCUAAAACUCUGAAGCGUAGCAGCAGUAUCAAGUUCCUUAUAACUGCUAUGACAAAUAAGAAAUAUAAAGGAUCUUCCAUCUACCAUUACAAAGAUGGCCUCCUACAGUCUGACAUGUUCACGGUGCCAUCCCUGCCACCAGUAAAGACGAUCACAGACAGAAAUUAUGUGAUCUGGCAUGCAACUGAACUCACAUUGGAUGGCAAUACCGUCCACAAAAAUCUCACUCUGUCAGAGGAGAACAAGAAAGUGGGAUAUGGCCGUGUUAUGUCGUAUCCCUCUAGCUCGGAGAGGUUCGUUGAUUUCCCUCAAGUUCUAUGCAAAGAGGCGCUACGUGGUCGGCAUUACUGGGAGGUGGAGUGGCGGGGUCACGUUAAUGUGGUGGCUGCAUUCGAAUCAACUCCGAGGAAAGGAGCCACCCCUACUGCGCGAAACUUCACGGAUUUAUUCACUUCCUGGGGAAUGCAUGCAAGCCAUAAAUUUGAAGUAAUUGUAGAAAGCACCUUUUUUCCUAUCACGGUCUUUACUGAAUCUUCUAGUGGCAUGCAAAAGCUUGGAGUGUUUCUUGACGUUCCUGGAUCCACUCUGUCCUUUUAUGGUGUGUCUGGAAACAAACUGAAACACUGCUAUACUUUUCCAUUGAAUUUUGAUCAACCAGUCUAUGCAGGUUUUGCAGUUUUAGAAAAACAAAGUUAUGCUCACCUGACAUAUUAGCACUGCAAACCCAUUUUCCUCCAUUAUAUAGUCAGGUCUGCAACAAUUAUUUAUCCAUUAGUUUUGAACAGCUUUUUAAGCAGUUGGUACCAGUAGUAAGGUCUAGCGAGCACAGCACGAUUUAUCAACGAAUCACUGACAUGUUUUUGAUUGUCAAGAUAGUAAGUGUUAAUUUGCUACUCUGAACCGUUCUUCCCCAAAAGACAGGCAUACACUACCGCCACCUACAGGACACAGCUCAGUGUCCACUUCUGAAGCUGCUGAAUACAAAUGUUUGAAUGUUAAAUUUCUGCAGCAGGAACAGCACCUUAGAAUUUAGUAAGACAUUCAUUUUCAAAUAUACAAUAAAUCAAUGCAGAAUCCAUUUGAAACAUUGCAAUGAUGCUUGUGGCUUUUUUUGAUUAGGUUUGAUGUUAAAACAGAAAAUGUCACUCUCUUCUCUUGCUCACGAGUUUUGAGCAUGUGUUCUACCGAAUUAGCAGCUAAACCAACAAAGAUGCAACGCUUUGCUUGAUGAGGUUUUAAGCGGCCUUGGCAAAUCACACCAUGUGUUCUCCGUAUAUGAUGUAACUCUAGACCUUUGUUGUCACUACAUUUUGAAGGUCACAUGGACAAUAAAAUUGCUAUUUG